UUCAAUCAGGGGAUCUUUUAUGUAAUCAGCUGGCCAACCUUGAAGACCCACAAAGUGCAAUGCUGCUCUUAAGACAUUGCCAUGUGCCAAGGAUGACUCACCUAACAAGAUCUGUAGCUCCACAGUAUCUCAGCAGCGCCACAUCUCUUCACGACCAUCAGACAAGACAGACAUUCGUUGAAAUACUCAAGUAUGGGCCAAUCCAGGAAGAUCGGUGGUUACAAGCUACCCUUCCAAUCAGACACGGAGGCUUCGGAAUGACCUCUAUCAAGGAGAUAUGUCAACUAGCCUUCGUUUCGAGCUGGGCUCACACACUGUCAGCUUUACCCAAACGAUUUCCAAACAUGGAAAAGAUAUUGGAUGAUCUAGUUUUCCAUCCUGAUACGACAGGUUCUAUUGGUUGCGACUUACAACGCGCCACUCCUCCUGACAAGUCUCUUAUAGAUUUACUUGACAAUCCUAACAGACUGCAGCAAAAGUUAACACGCCAAUAUACUACAUCAGUUGCUACUUACGUUGUGGAACACGCUCCUCUUCCGAGGGACUUGGCUCGUCUACGUUCACUACGAGGAAAUGGUGCUGGCGCCUGGCUUACUGCAAUCCCCGAAUCGACAAAUCUCGCAUUUGAACCUUACGAAUAUCGUUUGGCGUGUUUGUUGAGGAUGGGGUUGCAGCUGCCAGCUGUCAGCUGGAUACAAGAGUGUAAUUGUGGGUCGGUGUUGGACGAUAUGGGAUAUCACCUCCUCACUUGUAAAAAAGGCGGAGGACCGGUUUGGUCCCAUGAUUCAGUGGUGAGCAACUGGGACGACUGCCUGCGGCAAUUGAAAAUUCAUCACAAAAGAGAGCCAAGAGACCGGUAUAGUAACAGCAACAACCGGCCUGAUAUCGUGGUAUUUGAUGUCGGUACGGGGGCCAACACAGAGUUAGAUGUUGCUCUGUCACAUCCCUGGGCAUCAGACAUACUCUGUCAAGCAGCAUUGAGAGAUGGAGCAGCUGCAACGAGAAGAGAGGACAGGAAGUUUUCGAAAUAUAGUCAAAUUAAGCUUCCUGGCAUGGCAUCUAUGAAGUUUGUCCCUCUUGUUAUGGAACAUUUUGGCCGUUGGGGUGAUGAAGCGACCAAGUACCUCCAGGAGCUUUCGCAAAGAUCAACCGACGACGCAGGGAAUCACAAUUCUAAGGCAUUUAUGUGUUAUUGGCGAAAACGCUUUUCGACAACGCUGCAGAAGUGCAAUGCAAAGACGAUCUGCAAGAAGAUAUUGACAUUAACUUCCAAUGACAAUAGAAAUAUAGAUAUAGAUGACUUCCUUACACAGUUUUUUAUUCAUUAGCUUAGUAGUUAUGGCCAGAAAAGGCUUUAAAGCAGUAGCACAGCUUGUUAGCCAUGAACAUAGUUUGUAAUAGUAGUCAUGUAUGAAAAUAUAUUAUAAGACAGACAGACAGACAGACA